ACCCGCAGCCCGGAGCGGGAAGGCAGCCGCCACGAGCUCGCCUGGGCCGCAGCGGGGCGAGGGGUAUACAGGGCGUUGGCACCGGGGCGCGCGCCUGCGUCGCUGACUUGGAUGCGGCGAGGACGCUUCUGCGUUGCGUGCGCUGGAUGCGAACCAUUCAACAGCUGGCCUCGCGGGCAAGAGUCGCGGGGAGCUACGACGGCGGUGGCUGGAGGGAGGCGGCGGAGUCAGUGGCGAUGGUGGUGGCGGUGUCGCUAUCCCAGCAGAGCCCAGAGUGGAGACGCAACGGCUCCUGAGGCUCCCGACUCAGUUCCCUGAGGGUGAUUCAUCACUGUGGCCCCCGAAGUGUCUAACAGAGCAGGCGCUUGUGUUUUCCUAAUGAAGAGUACCCGUGAAUUGUGGCCUCUUUGAUCUUUCCUGCCUUGAUUGAAUUUUCGACACAAGGUAUCAGGUGGUCUGAGGAUACCAUGACGGUCACAGUGGUAUAUGAUAACUCUGAGGCAACGGAGCUCUGUGCUGCUCAGCACCUCUACCUCAAGCCCAUAGCAAAAUUGAUGAUCAAUGUAUUGCUCCCAGAAAGUAUAGAGCCUGUGAGGCCCUUCUCUAACUGGGAAGUUCUUGACCAACUAAAGAGUCUCAUUUGCCCUGACCAGUUCACCACAGUUCGCCUGUCUAAAAGUACAAAGGACUUCAUUCGAUUUGAGGGUGAGGCUGAAACCCGAAGUUUGAUUCAAAUCCUGAAGGCAAAGUUACAUGGGAAGAUCAUCAAACUAAAUGGUUUGAAAACAGACUUAAAAGUAGUGGCUACAGAUGCUCAGGGAGAGUGGGAACACUUCCCUAAGGAAAAAGAGGCCUCAUUAAGUGAUGGAGCUGAAGAGCAGGACCAUGAUAAGAGCCCAGAUUCCAUAUAUUUUGAAGGCUUGCCCUGUAAAUGGUUUGCUCCUAAAGGUUCCAGUGGGGAGAAGCCAUGUGAGGAGAUCCUUCGGGUAGUCUUUGAAAGUUUUGGGAAAAUCAAGAAUGUGGAUAUCCCUAUGCUUGACCCCUACAGAGAAGUGAUGACUGGUGGGAACUUUGGGAGUUUUAGCUUUGGUCUGCAAACUUUUGAGGCCUUUAUCCAGUACCAAGAGUCAACAGACUUCAUAAAAGCCAUGGAGUCACUUCGAGGAAUGAAGCUGAUGCUUAAGGGAGAUGAUGGGAAAGCUCUGGCAUGCAACAUCAAGGUUAUGUUCGAUACAACCAAACACUUCAGUGAAGGAGCUAUACGGAGGAGAAACCAGGAAAGGCUAAAAUUACAACAGCUGGAGGAAGAAAGAAAAAAAGAAAAAAAGAGAGAAGAGGAAGUAGCUGAAAGAAAAAGAAAAGACGAGGAAAGGAAAGCCCAGGAAAAGAGGAAGAAGGCCAGGGUCAGGAGGAGAGCUCUGAAAGAAAGGGGAAGCCACCGGCAGAGGAAACAGAAGGUGAAAACCAAAGCCGAGGUGCCCCAGGAGCUGGACUCUUCAGCGAAGUGGGAGGAGAGGAAGCACCUGCUGGCCCAGAGGCGGGUGGAAGCCCUUCGGUUGCUCCAUGUCCUCCUGAGGAAAAUUUCAGGAUCCACACAGUUUUGCCUACAGGAGAUGGAUGUUACAGGCUCUGAAGCUAUUCAUACUCCAGAGAACACACUGAAAACUUGGAAGGAAGAAGAGUUAAGUGCUCAGCAUCUUCCCAAUCAAGAAGAAACGCCAGAAUAUCAGUUUUCCAAGUCUGACAAUAAACAAAAACGAAAAGUGAGGAAAAGAACUAAGGAUCACUUACAUAAAUCUUCCCAUUGUCUUGGGGGGAAAAAGCUAAGAUACUCAAUUAGAAAAGAGAGAACAGGAAAAUUGAUGGAUAGACACAAUUACACUUCGAUCUCUGACCAGAAUUCCUUGCAGAUCACAAUGAUUCAAGGUCAGUCUCUUAAAAAAGAGGAGCACUCCAGUUCUCCUAAAUCCUCUUCUUCCAGAUCAUCUGAGAGAGACCAUGACAGGAAGCAGAAGAUCUAUGAAACUGAUGAGUUUAUUGACUAUUUAUUAAAUUAUUAUCAGACUCCAAAAUAUGCUCGGAUCUGCCUAGAAGCAAGUCACAUAGUAAGUACAUGUCAGUGGCAGAGGAAUGUCUGUGUUAAAGGGAAUGGAUUUCAGAUCAGUUUGAGAAAACAUAGCCAUCCCUCAACCAAUCUGAGCCAAGUGGAAAACCUGGAAAGAAGAGAACAAGUCCAGGAAGAUGAUUACUGGUCAAUGGUAUGCAUGCAGGAUCCUGAGCACAAAUCACAAAAGAGAGAAAAAGUGAAUUAUACCAAAGAAUAUACUAAGAGAUUUAAAAAUGAUUGCAAGGAUACAGCCAGUGAAGCUGGUGGUCAGCUCUCCCCAACUGAUGCAAAGUGGGAUCUCUUGGAAAAGACUCAUACUCCCCAUGCUAGUGAUUCUAAUUCCACAAGGAGACAUGAAGUUUCUUCACCUUUCAGGUCAGUAGACUUUGAUUUGCAGUUGACAGAUUUCUUAGAGGAAAUUAGUAGUGAUUCUGAGUGCUUCAGUGAAACUCUUAACAGAAGUGAAGAGGAGAAAGAGGAAUCCAUGGUUAUAUAUCAUAGCUCCCCUAAAGAAGGAACUCUUGACAAUGAUGAAAUCAUCACUUGCGAGCAAAAGUCUAGGUCAAGUCAGCAGACUGUGCAUUCAGAGUGGGAACAUGACGGUGAGGAAAAGUACUCUAAAUACAAGCUUAGGACACCAGGCAAGAGGUCUAAGUAUGAAUCGAGAUGUUCAUGGCUUGAGGAGGAAAGCAGCUCUCGUAGGGAUGAGAAGAACAACAGCAAAAAGAGGGAAAAACUAAAAUCUAGCUACUUGUUUGAUGGAGGCUGCUACCAUGAAUCCAGUUCCAGUGAUCAGUUAGAUGAAAUCACGAGGAAGAGGAGAAAGGUUAGUGGUAGUGUGUUGGACCACAAAGCAAACUAUAGACCCUCUCAUGUGCCAGUCACAUCAUCAAAGAGUGCUAAUGCUUUCUACUUGGGAUGUUUUCCCAAAAGAAGAGAAAGUUCUUGGAAGUCAGAGUAUAACCAGGGUGCAAGAAGGCUUAAAAAACAUGAGAAUUCUAAAGAUUUCAUGCUCAGUUCUGAUAAUUACCAUAUUAGACGUAACAGUCAUGAGCACAUUGAUUGUGGAGGCUAUUUAGGAAACAGCGAUACUAGCCCUUUAUAUUUUCAUAUGUUUUGAUGGCCAAUUUGAUCAGGAACACCCAUAUUUACAAUGAACAACUCAUAAACAGAAAAAUUUAAAACCAAAUAUAGCUAUGUAGUUAGCUACUACAGAGCAAGAGUUUGCGCAGGGUCAAAUGUAAAACCUUGCCAAAGUUUAAAGCGUAGAUCAAAAUGACUGCAGGUGUGUUGGCAAGCUUUAGAAAUGUAAAAUUUCCAGAUUCUGAAGCUUGGUAAAACAAUGUACAUGCAAAACUUCAAGAAUAAACUUUUUAAAACAGCUUUAAUUUGGUGCCAGUGAAGGAGCAGAUUAACACUGAGGUAGCCCUCUAUGGUUCUUUAGCUGUCACAUCAUCAUCAUUAUUCAUCUUUAAAAAUGACAGUAGUGAAUGAAUAAGGGUCCUUUUGCAUGUUCGUUGAUUUGGCCAGAAAUAUCACAUGCAGUAAAAUACUUUAUUAACUUUUGUUUAGUAGUUGUAGAUAAAAAGAGAGAUAACAGCUAGAAUAGGUAACAGUCAUCUUUAUGACAUUAAAGAAUUUCAUGAGCCCUCACAAGAAGUAAAUUAAUCUUAUUGAUAUGUUCAUAGUAGUCAAAGAAUUGUCCUUUUAAAGACAAAGUUUUGGGAGUAUCUGAAAGGGACUAGGCUUGUCCUUUGAGGUUUAAAUGAUCAGGGGGUUCAUUAGCAGAGUUUUAAAAAAUGAUCCCCAUGUCUUUCCAUCCUAAAAAAGCAACAGGAUUGAAGUGAUGUAACGAGGGAUAUUUCCUAAAGGAAAUAUUGAAAGGCCCUGGGGCACCAAUACUGGCACUUGGCAGGAGAGGACAUGACAGGUAUUCCAUUUCAAGUUAUGUAAUCCUUUCACUCAGGGUCGGGUGACAUCAGUUUGUAAAAAGUUACUGAGUAUAAAUGACUUUUAUAAAAUAGUAACAAGUGCCUCCUAAAUCCUCAGUAGUGCCAUGGAGUUAGGAAGAUUUAAGAGAAAAGGCCAUAGUUUUCUAGCUGUGGAAAAAUUGUAUUUAUCUUUUUACUUACUCAUUUUGGAUUUCCUAAAUAUGUUUUUAAAUUGAGAUAUUUUAUAGAUUCUUAAAGAUUUACCUCUUAGUGCAGUGCAUGUUGUAUAAAAAGCUUGGCUGAUUUAUUCUGCCUUAUAUUGGAUUCAGGGCCUCAGGGCAGUAAAUGACUUUAUUUUCCCAACAAAGCUAUACCUGACCUGGCAUUUGAAGACAUCAGUUGAAAUUCAAGAUUGCCUGCAACAGGAAAAAGUGAUUUUAAUAUACAGAAGCAGUGGAGAACAACAUUUUCAUAUGACACAGUUCAUUUCACAGUCUUAAUUUGAUAUUCUGUAGAAAAGCACCAGCUAAUAGAGCCAGGUAGGAUGCCAGUCAGUGUGGUUGUCCAGAACAACGCCACACGAUGUGUGCCCGUAACCAGCCUCGUGAGCAACCUGGUAUCUGAAGUGGCUAAGAACCUCGUUUAUCUAAAGUAGGAACCACAAAUUGUUUCACUGAUCUUUCUGGUCACAUUUUAAUAAAGGUCGUCAGAACAUGCAAAACCACAAAAACGAUCAUAUCAUCAAAGAUCAUAAUUAUUACUAGUAAGAGAAGAACCUAUCAUUGGCUCUCCUGUGUUCCAUCUCACUUCCAAGCCAGUGACUGUGCUGUCAAAACUAGGCUUGACUUUUGAAAUCUGAAAAUUGCUCAUGGGGCGAGUGCCUUUUCUACUCUGAAGACUAGCAGUGACCAUUCAUGUUCAAAGUACCGUCAUCCAGAGUAGCCUUUAGACUACUAACUGCUGGUAUUUUGUCAGAAAAUUGUCUCAUAACUAGGUAUUAUUCACCAGUGAAAACCUGUCUCCUUAUUUCUUCAUGUUUUAUGCCACUGAGACAAAGGACAUUAUGCGUUUGUGUUCAAAAGCAAGUAUGCUCUUUUUUGAAUUUUUUUUUUAUGGUGCUGGGGAUGGAACCCCAACCACUGAGCUGUAUCCCCAAGCCCGUCUUCUGUCCUUUGAUAGUUUUUCUUUGCAUUUUCUUUUGGUGUGGAAAUAAUUUGCUGCUCAGUAAAGAAAUAAAAAUAAAUUACAGAAUAAAGUAUGUACAUUUUUUGUAUAAUAGAACUGGUGCUAAGUCAUUUUUAUAUAACAUUUUUGUCUUGUUUGAUUUGUUUGCUAAAAACCAUACUCGGAGCUAGAAGAAAGUAAAAAUACUGGUUUUAUGUUGACAUUAUGACCAACCCUGGAUUUUUAUAUCCAUCUUGCAUAAAGAAUUCUAGAUUUGGGUCAGCCUCGUCAGCCUCUUUUUGUGUGUGUGUGGAGGAAAAGAACAACUUUCUUGAGGAAGAAAAGAACAACUUUACCUGUACUUUUCAAUAGAAUGGCUUAGGAAGGAAUGAAACAGAAUUGAAAGCAUUAUAACCAUUUUCUCUUACUUACUAUUAUUCUUUGCUGUGCUGUUGUUUAAGUGGUAUGAAUGUAUUUUCUCGCAUUUUUUGGUAUGCCUUACUAAAUAAGGGCCUGAAUUUUAAACUGUCUUUUAAAAUAGGGGUUUUCAUGUUUUUCAUUGUAUGUGCUGCUGAUAGUGCUGUAAGAAAGCUAAAAAUCUGUCAGUAUGUUUUUAAUCAGUUCAUUUAAAUUUCUCAGGUAGAAGGCAAUGUAACCUGGUAAUAUUGAAAAUAGAACCAAAUAAAUAUAUUUUUAUUUGUUGCAAAGCUGCUUAAAAUGUUCAAGUUUUUGCUGUUAUUUCCAUGGAGGGACAGUUUCUACCUGUAGUACAGUAUGCUGCAUUUCGCUAAUGUUGCUCUUUUUUUAAUUUGAAUUGUUAGAGAAAUAAUAUACUUAAUUUUCGUAUAUAUUAAAAAUAAAA